UUUAAUUAUUUUUGAAAUGUUAACGAUAUUUUGUUUGUUUUUUGAAUUUUUCGGUGUUGUGAAGUGUUGUUUCUAAAUUCUUAGUGUUAGAGAGAAGAUUAUUUUGUGCUUUGAGCGUACUUUUUCGGCACAAUGAAAGUUUUUUGGAAAGUUUUGCUGUCUCUACUUCUGCUGGUGGAGGCCGCUAUGGGCAACUGGUGGAAUCUAGCGGCUCCGAUUCGUCCCGUUCAAACAUCCAACACCUCCUUGGAAUCGAUUCCAACGCUGCACAAAGAGAGCUGUCAUCGGUUGGAGUACCUUGUUGAGCGACAGAAACAACUGUGCAUGCUAUCCGAUAAAAUGGUUCAGGUUAUUCAAACUGGAGCUCAGCAAACAAUCGAGGAGUGUCAGCAUCAGUUCAGAAAUAGUCGUUGGAACUGCAGCACUGUUGAGAACGGCACUGAUAUUUUUGGAGGAGUUCUUAAAUUUAAAUCCCGCGAAUCUGCAUUCGUUCAUGCGCUGUCCGCUGCAGCAUUGGCUCAUGCGGUUGCGCGUGCUUGCAGUCGCGGGGAACUAAACGAGUGUUCUUGUGACGCGCGCGUGAGGAAACGCACUCCGAGACACUGGCAGUGGGGAGGUUGCUCUGAGGAUAUAAAAUAUGGCGAAAAGUACAGUCGUGACUUUAUUGAUGUCAAAGAAGAUAAAGAAAGCGAUGAAGGAAUUAUGAAUUUACAUAAUAAUGAAGCUGGACGCAGGGCGGUACGUGGUCGCAUGCAGCGUGUAUGCAAGUGUCACGGCAUGUCUGGUUCUUGUUCUGUUCGCGUGUGCUGGCGACGUCUGCCGCAAUUGCGCGUCGUAGGUGACGCACUUGCCACUCGAUAUGAGGGCGCUUCACAUGUUAAGGUUAGAGCUACCAUUGUAGAAAGGAAAAGAGGCAAAAAUAUAAGAAAGUUACGACCCAUACACGCCGAUAUCAAGAAACCAAACAAAACUGAUCUGGUUUACCUCGAGGAUUCCCCUGAUUAUUGUGAACCAAAUGAUGACCUCGGUAUACUUGGAACGAGAGGAAGAACAUGUAACAGAACAUCUGCAGGAUUGGACGGAUGUCGACUUUUGUGUUGCGGACGAGGUUAUCAAACAAGGGUUAGAGACCACGAGGAGAAAUGCAGGUGUCGUUUUGUAUGGUGUUGUAGAGUCCAUUGCGAGAUAUGUCGGUCGAAACGAGACCAUCACGUCUGUAAUUAA